CAAAGAAAAGCUAGCAAAAGUCUCGUCAAUAAUUAAUUUAAUUCCAAAACUACCCCACUUCUGUUCCCCUACUCCAACUCUCCAACCUCCGCCAGUCAUGAGUCACCACCACCAUAUCUUCUUCUUCUCCUAGCUGAGUACUGACUGACAGUAGAACCUCAUUCACUUCUCUCUCUUUCCUUUCAAUCCAAGCAAUAUCUCCAUCCAUCUCUAUCUAAAAUCCAUUUUUCAUGUGAAACAUUUCCCUACUGAGUUAUUCUAUUCUCCUGAAUAACUCCAAGCAAAUGCAUCCCACCACCACUUCAUCUCCACCACCACCAUUAACACAGACCCUUAGCUUAAUCAACCACCUUGUAUCUCUUCUCCUAAUCUCAUCGCUCGCUGUUAAAUCGUUUAUUGGACGGUGGCAAUCAAUUCGUACUAAACUCACUCUUCUAAGCUCGUCUCUAUCAGAAAUCUCUGAUUUUGAUACUUCUACCUGGUCUGAAAACCCUCUGUUGCAAGAUUUAUUACCUAAUCUGUUAUCUUCUCUUCAUAAAACUUAUUCUCUGUCUCAACAAUGUCAAAACCCUACAUCUACAGGCGGGAAACUACUAAUGCAGAGCGAUAUAGAUAUGUCUUCAGCCUCACUCUCUGCUCAUCUCCAUGACAUUGAUUUAUUGCUGAAAUCGGGUGUUUUGAAUCGGCAAUCGAAUGCCAUUGUUUUAUCACAACCAGGUCCAGGUUCGGCUAAAGAAGAAUUGGGAUUUUUUAUCAGAGAUCUUUUUACUAGAUUACAGAUCGGUGGGAUUGAGUUUAAGAAGAAAGCUUUGGAUUCGUUGUUACAGAUAUUAAAUGAAGAUGAGAAAUCUUCGAUUUUGGUUGCUAAAGAAGGAGAUAUGAGAUAUUUGAUUCAUUUGCUCGAUAAUAAUCAUCAUUCAUCUGUUCGUGAACAAGCUGCUGUUGCUGUUUCUCUUCUUGUUAGUUCUAGCGAUUCUUCAAGGAAAUGUGUGUUUGAAGAAGGUGGAUUAGGUCCUCUGUUGAGGUUGCUUGAAACUGGAUCUAUGUAUUUGAAAGAAAAAGCAGCUAUUGCUAUUGAAGCCAUUACAGCUGAUCCUGAGAAUUCAUGGGCAGUUUCAGCUUACGGAGGGAUUCCUGUUCUGGUUGAAACUUGUCGAUCUGGAUCUCCAUUAGCACAAACUCAUGCAGUUGGAGCUGUAAAAAAUGUAUCUGCAAUUGAUGAAAUCCGAGUUUCUCUGGCUGAAGAAGGAAUAGUUCCAGUCUUAGUUCAAUUAUUGACAUCAGGUAAUUCUUUCGCUCAAGAAAAAGCAUCUAAUUGUUUAUGGAUUUUAGCUUCAGCUGGUGAAGAUUUUAGGGUUUCAAUAUUACAAGAAGGUGGAUUACAAAGUCUAUUAAAUUUACUCGACGAAUCAUCAAAUCCUGAUACAUUAGAACAUGUUUUAAGAUCAAUUUACAUAUUAUCAAGAUCAUCAUCAACAAUCCGAAUCCUAUCAUCAUCAACUUCAUUUCUGUUACAACUCUGCGACGCAAUCAAGAACGGCACAAUCGUGAUCCAACAGAUUUCAGCCUCAAUUCUCUGCAACUUAUCAAUGAGCGACUUCCAAAAACGAUCGAUUUCAUCUUGUAUGGGAUCACUAGUGAAAAUGAUGAUGAACGAGUCAUCAAAACCAGUCGGGUUACAAGAAUCAUCAGCACAAGCUUUAAUCUCAUUACUAACGGCGAAAACGAAUCGGAAAGAAAUCGUUAGAGAUGAGAAGAGUAUAUUAAGAUUAGUCCAAAUGUUAGAUCCAAAGAAUGAAUCCUCAGUAGUUAAUAAGAAAUAUCCAGUUUCAGUUGUUUCUGCAAUCGUCGCCGGAAGUAGCCAGAGCUGUCGGAACAAGAUAAUGUCCGCCGGUGGUUAUUCUCAUUUGCAGAAACUCGCUGAAAUGGAUGUUCCUGGUGCUAGAAAAGCUUGUCAAAGACUCUCCGGGAAUCGACUCAAGAAUAUCUUUAGUAGUAGGAUAUGGAAGGAAUAAACACAAUUCAUACUAACCCCCACAAGAAAAGGGUACAGAAUGAGCUGGUUUCAAGGAAUUUAAUGGGGGGUGUCAGUUUGUUAAGGGACAAUGAAGCACAAAUAAUCAAUAUUAUCAGUUUUAUUGCAGGAGUUCAAGUUUGGAUGCGGAUCAUCCUCAACAGCAAGUGGUGGGAGAAAGAGAGGAGUAAGCUUAAGCUUCCUCUGAAUUUUCUCUCCACCCAGCAACAAACCUAAAGAAAAGUCUUUUGCACACCAUGACUUUAUUAUCUUACUACUACUAGCAGAAAAGCAGAGAAAAGGUGGUUUCCGGUCAAUAUAAAAUUUUACAGAGAUUGUAUUUCAUUUACUAUGAUAUUAUAUAUAUAUGUGACUUCUCAUCGAAAAGCAUAGGAUGCGUUUUUUUAGAGUAUCCUUUUUUUUUUUCUUUUUCUUUGAAAGCAUGGGGCUUGAAAAGAAGUUUGUAAUAGCUCUUUAUUCUUCUGAUGUUUGUGUUUGUAAUACUGUAAAUGUGAGUGGCAAAGUUACUUCCGGUGUGUGUUUUUUUGCUC